GCGGCGGCAGCGGCGCGGCAGGCGCCGCCGGGACGGGCACGGGCGUGCGGUCUCAGGCGGGCGCCGGCUGCCUCCCUCCGUCGCUCGCUCGCUCUCCCACCCGCUUGCUCUCUGGCUGCGGGGCCGGGCUCGCCCCGGCGCUCUCUGGAAGGAAGAAGGGGGGCCGAGGACGCUGACAAGUUCCCGCAGCAGCCGCGGAUCCCGGCCAAGGCAGAGGCUGUGGCUUCGACGGGGCAGGAGGGCGCUCCGCAGCUAAGCGCACGGCUAGAACGUCGGAGGAAGGGGGCACCUGAGCCUUUCUCUCUCCGAGGAGCCGCGGGCCGGGAUCCCAUGAGACGCGCGCUCGCGGGGCACGAGAUCCGAAGCCCGGGCGACGCGCGACGGAGGCGGAAGGCGGGGCUGCAGCCUCCGGAGCUCGUGAGCGGCCGGCAGGAGGCGGCGGAGAGAACUUGAACUUGGCGUCGGAAGCCGGCGCCCCGGACGCCCCCAGCCGGGGCAGGGGCGCCGAGGGACCUGGGCGGCAGCGCUGCCCCCCGAAUGGCCGCGGCGGCGGACCGGGCUCCCGCGCCGCGGCCCUAGGCGGCCUCUCGCCAUGGCCAAGUGGCUGAACAAGUACUUCAGCUUGGGCAACAGCAAGACCAAGAGCCCCCCGCAGCCGCCGCGGCCAGACUACCGCGAGCAGCGGCGCCGGGGCGAGCGGCCCUCGCAGCCCCCGCAAGCUGUGCCGCAGGCCCCCGCGGCCGCCUCGGCGUCCUGCGGAACGGCUGCCGCCUCCUGCUUCUCGGCCUCGUCGGGAUCGCUGCCCGACGACAGCGGCAGUACCAGCGAUCUCAUCCGCGCCUACCGCGCACAGAAGGAGCGCGACUUCGAGGACCCCUACAACGGGCCCGGCUCCUCGCUCCGCAAACUGCGCGCCAUGUGCCGCCUGGACUACUGCGGGGGUGGCGUGGAGCCGGGCGGCGGCCAGCGCGCCUUUUCGGCUUCGUCCGCGUCGGGCGCCGCGGGCUGCUGCUGUGCCUCCUCCGGCGCGGGCGCCGCCGCGUCCUCGUCCUCGACCUCGAGCUCCCCGCACCUCUACCGCAGCAGCAGCGAGCGGCGGCCCGCCACGCCGGCCGAGGUGCGCUACAUCUCCCCCAAGCACCGGCUCAUCAAGGUGGAGAGCGCAGCGGGCGGUGUGGGAGAUCCCCCGGGGGUCUCCUGCUCGGGUGGCCGCACCUGGAGCCCGACAGCCUGCGGUGGCAAGAAACUGCUCAACAAGUGUGCUUCCUCGGCCGCGGAGGAGAGCGGGGCCGGCAAGAAGGACAAGGUGACCAUUGCUGAUGACUACUCAGAUCCCUUUGAUGCCAAGAAUGAUCUCAAGAGCAAAGUGGGAAAGGGGGAGAGUGCCGGCUACAUGGAGCCCUAUGAGGCCCAGAGGAUCAUGACAGAAUUUCAGAGGCAGGAAAGUGUCCGGUCCCAUCACAAAGGCAUCCAGUUAUAUGACACCCCUUAUGAACCAGAGGGCCAAAGCGUUGACUCGGACUCAGAGAGCACAGUCAGCCCCCGUUUGCGGGAGAGCAAGCUGCCCCAGGACGACGACAGGCCUGCUGAUGAGUACGACCAGCCAUGGGAGUGGAACCGGGUCACCAUCCCAGCUCUGGCAGCCCAGUUUAACGGCAGUGAGAAACGGCAGUCAUCCCCCUCGCCUUCCCGGGACCGGCGGCGCCAGCUUCGAGCUCCUGGAGGGGGCUUCAAGCCCAUCAAACAUGGGAGCCCUGAGUUCUGUGGGAUCCUGGGAGAAAGAGUGGAUCCUGCUGUCCCACUGGAGAAGCAAAUCUGGUAUCAUGGAGCCAUCAGCAGAGGAGACGCAGAGAACCUGCUACGGCUCUGCAAGGAAUGUAGCUACCUUGUCCGGAACAGCCAGACCAGCAAGCACGACUACUCCCUCUCCCUGAAGUUACUGUUUGGCAGAUCUGAUUUUUAUAUGUCCCACAAAGGCUGUGAGGAACACUGGGAAGAACCAGAGGAAUCCUACUGGUGUUAUCCCUGUGGCCUCUUUGUGAAGCGUCAGGUCUUUCUGACCCACAAGGCAUUGGGAUAGGGAACCCCAAAAUAAGACAAGGGUUUUUUGGUUGAGCGCUUCAUCAUUUCGUGCUGGUACUGGAUGGGACCUAACAAAUUGUCUAAAACUGACUUUACAGAUAGGAAAAUGGAGUCCCAGAGAGAGGAGGGAUUUCCCAAGGACACACUGAGAGGUAGUGACAGAACUGGGGAGUAGACCCAGGCCCUUAAGCCGACACAACCACCAGAAACAGUGAAGCCCGCUGCCUGGCUGCCUCUGCUGUGCUCAUCAUUAUUAGAGGCCAUGUGAUAAAGAGAGGGCCUGCUGGGGUGCAGCUGUCAGGAGAGCCCAUGUGCAGGCCAGCCGUGUGGGGAACAGGAUCAGUGCAGCCCAGGAGCGAGAGGUUGGCCUGUGCUGCCUGCUCAGGACUGACCCCACGUGGUCUCCUGGGCUCUGCCUGAGGGGGAUGGUGACAAACUGCAGAGCACAGGCAGGACCCAGAGGCACUGGAGUCCGCCUGGAGAAGACAGGGUGUGCAGAGACAUGGUAGGAACCACAGGUCUCUCAAGGACUGUCAGGGCAGAAGGAGCAGACAUGGUUGGGGUCCCAGAUGGGGGUAGUUAUGGGCAGGCACAUUCUAGCUCAGUCUCAGCGAGAGAAGAAGCUUUCUAACAGUCAGAGCUGAUCAAGAAUUAGAGUGACCAAAGCGCCUGCAGAGGCAGUGGGCAUCUCUUCACUAGGGGUAAGCAGCCAGGGGCUGGACGGCCACCUCGCUGGUGAGGAUGUCGGGGGGAUUUCUAAGCAGGGCACUUGGGAGAAAUGGCUCCUGCAUACAUCAUUAUUCAUCAUCAGACCUCAUGGCUUAAAGUCCAGUUAUUGCAGUUGAGGAAAAUCCGAUACUAAACCACUGCUGGCCUCUGGGAUGCUGACAUGGAGGCAGCCAAAGCCAGAGGGCUGCCACUGUAUUGAGGAGAGGGUAGCGGAGGAGGACAAGUGCACACUGCUGGCUGUGCAAACAGGGCCUAGAAGGUCCUCAACUCCUCACUGCCCCAGGCAACCCCGUUUCCUCCAUUCCUCUCUCACUGUCCAAAGUAACCUAGCAACUCCCAUCUGUACCUUCCUGCCUCACAGUGAAUUGCACUCUUCCUGGGCUUCCAGAGGUGAGGGAAGCAGGUGACGUAGGGGACAGGGUGCCCGGGACACCACCCUCUCCUGCCCACCCAGGCAGCCUGCCCAGUCCUGGGCUUCCUCAGCACAGUACUCAUCACACUGGCAGUCUCUGAGCUCCUCAGUGAAUCCCCUUCCUCCUGGAAUCCCUUUGUCUGGAGGGAUCUUCUGCAAAUACCUGAUUGAACACAGCAACGAGUCGGGGAUGAAGUGCCCCAUUCCAGGCCUAGCUGUUCCUCCAUGAGGGCCAGGGCCCCAUCGAGCACCCUGUUUAUUCACUGGGAAGUGCUGAAUCCCUGCACUGGGCAGGCCAGCCGGACUCUGGGGCCACGUGGUGACCCCCGCAUGGCCUACCUGCAGGGGAAGAACAGCCUCCCUAGUACCCAGGAUGUACCAGGGCUAAGGCACCAAUGCUGAGCACAGGAGUCUCGAGCCAGUUGAGGAAGGAAUCAGACCAGUAAUACCUGGAGAGUUCAUUUCUUAAUCCCCUGGGCAGCAUGCCCUCCACCAUGCAAACCGGCCCAAAUGCCCCUCCCGGGUGGGUCUCAGGAAGAGUGUUUCCAUCCAGCCCCAAGAGUGUAGUUCCCUUUCGUCUCUAGACAGUAGGCCCCCUCUUGAGCUAUGGCCAGCACCUUGAAUCUGCUUUCACAGUAGCGGGCUUGUAGUCCUGAGGGCCGGGCUGCCUGUGGUAAAGGAAGAUGGGGCUGGCCUUCCCCAUGCCCUGACCCUGUGGCCUUGUCUGUCACAUGACCUUUCUGAGCAUCUGAGUCACAGCCUCAUCUGUGCACAGGGGGUGACAGUGCUGUCCUUGCAGAAAACAUCUUUCGCUCAACCAGUACAGUAUAAACAUUAUCUUAUAUUAUUCCACCCUGCCUCUGCUUUCCUGGGUUAGCCCUGUAGUUUCAUCGAAGGCCACCCUUAAUGGCCACAGAAAGGACCUGUUGUCCAGAGUUCUGGGCAGAAGUCCUGUCCUGCCACCUGCAGCUCACUAUGUGACCUUGGAUGGGUUUCUUUCUUCUGGGGCACAGCAUCCAUCCAUACCUACCCAGUGAGACCUCGACUCUGAUGGUUGCUAAGGAUGCCUCUACCCUGGUAUCAAGGUGUCUGUGACCCUCCUGGUUUCCCCUGUCCUUGGGCUCUGCCAAUCCCCUGCACCUCCUAAGCCAGGGGAGGAGGUGGAGGAGACCAUGCCAGGAACCCAGAUAAGAACAUUCUGCCUUCAGACCUAGGUUUAUCUUCUUGUGUCCAUCCAGUCGGAUUUGGUCAUCAAGCACUGUGGUUUGGAUGAUGGGUCUCUGCCCAUGGGUGCUGGGGGUGGAGGGUUUAGCUUUGCAUGCUGGUCUAGAGCCAUUAGAUCCCACGGAUCAGACAAGUGGUCUCAUCCGGUCAGCUUCCCCUUGAAGCCCAAAAUCAGCUAGGCCAUCCUGUGGCUGGGCAGGGCAGCCUGCUAAGGGAAUGUGAGCUUAUUUCCCAGAGCAGCCCCAGUUGCCGCUGACCAGACCAGCUGCCAGCCAAGGAGAGACACCUGAUAUUAAUCACCUCGACCACAAGUGGAAUGGCCCUGGUACUGAACAUCCCAGCUUCUUGGGGCAAGUGCCAGCUUUGCCAGCCACUGCAAGGUGCGAGGUCUCUCAGAGGCCUGCCUGGUGGGGCAGGGUGGGGAUUGGCGUUCCCCUCUCAUGGUGUCGUCAGGAACCUGGUGCACAUGGACAUUGGAAUUCCAGCUAUGUUUUCAUAUGAGCCUUGGGUCCUGCUGUGAAAGUAUUCUAGGGUGGAGAAAGGAUUUGGGGGAGUCUGACCUCAGAGGACAGGGCCCUCCACCCCUUCCGUCCUUCUCUCAGCAGGUGUUUAUCAGAGCCCUCUGUACCAGGCACUGGCAGGGAAGCAGAGAGAGAGCUGAGGUGGGAACGGCUCGGUCCAGGCUGCAGGUGCUCACAUCUCGCCCGGUCAGCCUGGGCCCUGUUGCAGGUCUACACCUGAGAACCAUAAGGACUCAGAAUUGAAUGGAUCUGGGCGGUCCCUGCCUCAGAGG